AUCCACUUUAGUACUUUGUAAACAUGGCGAACAUCUGUAGAAGAGCUCUGCUUUCAGGUAGAAUUCUUUUGCCUGUCAGGGUAGCUUCAAACCAAAGAUCCCAAUCGACCGAAUCAAAACAUGUAGCAAACUCGUCAGCUAUUACAGAUGAUGAUAUUUUUACAGAAGAACAUGCAGAGUUUAGAAAAUCUUUGAACAAGCUCAUCCAGCGUGAUAUCAACCCAUAUGUUGAUUUGUGGGAAGCAAAUGAACAGUUUCCUGCACAUGAAGUUUUCAAGAAGUUGGGAGAUGCAGGGUUUCUAGGUGUCACCAAACCAACUGAGUAUGGAGGUCUGGGCCUGGAUUUUACCUUUAGUUUAGCAGUUGCAAUGGAGCUUGGUUCAGUUAACUGUGGGGGAAUUCCAAUGGCUAUUGGAGUACAAUCAGACAUGGCUACUCCAGCAUUGGCAAGAUUUGGGAGUGAGGAGCUGAAAAAUGAGUUUCUGCGGCCAACGAUUGCUGGGGAUGUUGUUGCAUGUUUGGGGGUCAGUGAAUCAGGAGCUGGUUCUGAUGUUGCCAACAUUCAGACAACAGCAGUGAAGAAAGGAGAUGAUUAUGUGAUUAAUGGUGGAAAGAUGUGGAUCACCAAUGGGCAUCAGGCUGAUUGGAUGUGCUUAUUAGCUAAUACAAAUGAUGGCCCUGCCUACAAAAACAAGUCCCUAUUCUGUCUACCAAUGAACACCAAAGGUGUGGUUCGAGCCAAAAAGAUUGAUAAAAUUGGCAUGAAAUCUUCGGAUACAGCUCAGAUUUUCUUUGAAGAUGUGGCUAUCCCCAAGAAGUACAUCAUUGGUGAAGAGGGUGCUGGUUUUAUGUACCAGAUGAUGCAGUUUCAAGAGGAAAGAAUGUUUGCUGCAGCCGCCGUGUUGCAUCCUUUAGAUAGAAUAAUCCAGGAAACGAUUGAGUACACAGGCCAAAGGAAGGCAUUUGGUCAGAGUAUCCUCUCCAAUCAGACGGUUCAUUUCAGACUUGCAGAGUUACAAACAGAAAUAGAACUUCUUAGGGCAUUGCUCUUUAGAACUGUUGGUCUGUAUGUAAAAGGGAAUGAUGUGACAAAGUUAGCUUCGAUGUGUAAGCUAAAAGCUGGACGUUUUGCCAGAGAAGCAACAGAUUCCUGCCUGCAGUUCUGGGGUGGCAUGGGAUUUACCAGCGAUGUCCUUGUUAGCAGAUUUUACAGGGAUUUCAGAUUGUUGUCAAUAGGGGGUGGUGCUGAUGAGGUGAUGUUGGGCAUCAUUUGUAAGUAUAUGAACACCUUACCAACUCCAGGAAAAUAAUCAACAAAUCAAGGUCUGCUUUUUGAAAACAUACUGGAAGAAUAGAGAAGAGUUACCAACAAUAUUCGGCUUUUUGAAUUAAUCAAUCAUAAACUUUGAACCUUCAAAAGUGUGAAGAGCUUUAGGGGUGGGCCUGAAUCCGCCACUGAUUUCAAUCAUGAUGAAACGCAACCAAAGUUAUGAAACCAAUUUCCUCAUAAAAAUAUUGGUUUAACUUUUAAAUAAGACAUUUAAUAUUCAAAAGAAAUUCUGUGUGCUGUUUGUAAUACAGGUAUUUAAAAUUUCUUGCAAUAUUUCUUUCAAUGCAAAACUGUACUGUAGAAUCAAAUGUAUUUAUUUUUAUCAAAUUAUACUAGCAUAGAUUUUAAACAAAAACAAGGCAAUGUCAAAAAACAGUAGCAUUAUGAUGUUAUUGAGCUUGCAACACGUGGUAUAUGCCUUGGUCGACAUAGAAUAGGGAGUCUAAAAGUGGGUCUCCACCCUAAAAAGUUUGAGGAGCUGGGAUAUACUGCCACGAACAGUGUAUGAAAUGUGACUAAAUCUUGUUUAAGUUUACAAUCAAUGAAAAAUAAAACAAAAUCGCAUUGGAUUCUUA